AUGACUGUGUUACUAAUGUAUGUUGAUGAUAUCCUAAUCACUGGAAAUAAUUUAGCUCAUGUUGCCUCUCUCAUUACUCAUGUGCACUCUACUUUUUCGAUGAAAGAAUUGGGUCUUAUCAACUAUUUUUUGGGUGUAUCUAUUACUCCCUCUGACUCUGGUUAUUUCCUUUCUCAAACUAAGUAUGCCUUGGAUAUUAUUACUAAAGCUGGAAUGGCUGAUUGUAAGCCAGCACCUUCUCCCAUGUCUGUCAAGCCAUCUUCACUGUCUUCUGCAACUGUGGCAUAUUCCAAUCCUUCACUCUAUCGUAGUAUUGUUGGAGCACUUCAGUAUUUGACCAUUACUCGACCAGAUAUCUCAUUUGCUGUUAAUCAUGCUUGCCAAACUAUGCAUUCUCCUACUGAAGCUGAUUUUGCUUCUGUCAAACAUUUGCUGCGAUAUCUCAAAGGUACUCUUCAUCAGGGUCUGUCCUUUACUCCUGGUCCUCUUGUGCUUCUUGUUUUCUCUGACUCAGAUUGGGCUGGGAGUAUCAGUGACUGUCGCUCUACUACUGGCUGCUGUGUCUUUUUAGGUCCUAACCUUAUCUCUUGCUCUGCCAAAACGCAACCUAUAGUAUCUCGUUCGUCCACUGAGGCUGAAUAUCGAGCUCUUGCUCAAGUAGCAGCUGAGUUGAGUUGGCUUCAAAUGCUUCUCACUGAUUUACGCAUUACUCAUCCAUGUCCAAUUCUCUAG